CAGGGUCUCUCUCUCUCUCCCUCUCUCUCUCUCACUUACACACACGUGUGCACAUGAUAAGCAACAGCGGAUUACAACCUCCAGUGCCCGCGCGCGCAUCUGCCUGGAUGUUUAUGUAAUAUAUUUAUUAUUUCUUCCAUCUCCAGCUUCAGGUCAAAGAGACGACUUCCGUUUUCCCCGCACAUCUGCUAUUUCUGUAGCACUGGCUUGGCUAAAGUCGCCGUGCCCUAAUAUGCGCCAGGUUCCCGCGCCGUCCCUUUAACCCGAAAACGAAUGGACUCUGUCACCCCGGCUCGUCACAUCAAUACAGAAUAAACCCGUGUGUUGUCGAGGAGGACGCCGCCGGUCACUCCACCGCGCGUCUCUGCGCGCUCGACCUUUAACGAUGACUGGCGAGGACGCGCUGGCGUUCACGGCACCGUUGCGGUCGCCUGGCCCUGUGAAGAUCCACUGGAUAUGAAAGUGCAGCCACGAAUGCGUGUGUGAGAGAGGGUGUGUGAUCGAACAGGAUGGGUAAAGAACAGGAGCUCUUACAGGCGGUUAAAACGGAGGACCUGGUUACUGUCCAGCGCCUCCUGCAGAGACCCAAACAUGGCAAAGCGAAGCUCCUGGGGGCUGCUAAGAAGGUGAAUGUGAACUUCCAGGAUACAGACGGGUUAUCCGCCCUGCAUCAUGCUGCUCUUAAUGGUAACGUGGAGGUGAUCGCAUUGCUGCUGGAGUCUCAGUCCGUUGUUGACAUCAAAGAUCAGAAAGGGAUGCGGCCGCUCCACUACGCUGCUUGGCAGGGCAAGUGCGAGCCAAUGAAAAUGCUGCUCAAGGCGGGCUCAUCCGUGAACAGCCAAUCAGAUGAGGGACAGAUCCCUUUACACCUCUCUUCACAACACGGACAUUAUGAAGGAAGUGAGAUGCUGCUUCAACAUCAGUCGAACCCGUGCCUCAGAGACAACGCAGGGAAAACCCCUCUAGACUUGGCCUGCGAAUUCGGAAGAGUCACGUUGGUCCAGUUGCUUCUGAACAGUAACAUGUGUGCUGGUAUGUUAGAACCCAAACCAUCCGAUCCCAAUGGCAUCAGUCCGCUCCACCUGGCUGCCAAGAACGGGCAUAUUGAGAUUAUAAAGUUACUAAUCCAGGCUGGUAUAGAUAUAAACAGACAGACUAAAUCAGGCACAGCGCUGCAUGAAGCCGCUCUCUGUGGGAAAACCGAGGCAGUGCGGCUGCUGUUGGAUAGCGGCAUAAGUGCGGGUGUGAGGAACACAUUUUGUCAAACCGCACUGGACAUCGUUAACCAGUUUACCACAACCCAAGCCAGCAAAGAAAUCAAACAGAUGCUCAGAGAUGCAUCAGCUGCCAUGCAAGUGAGAGCGUUGAAGGAUUACUGCAACAAUUAUGAUCUUACAAGUCUCAACAUUAAAACAGGCGACAUCAUCACGGUCUUGGAGCAGCAUUCAGAUGGGCGAUGGAAGGGCUGUAUCCAUGACAACCGUACAGGAAAUGACCGAGUGGGAUACUUUCCAUCCAACAUAGGAGAAGUCAUCAAAAGAGCAGGUCCCUCGACCCAACAGUAUCUUAAGAUACAGAUCCGUCCGCCAGCAAUUGGUUCAGUUGUCAUGGUGAACGGUGACUCCUCCCACAUUUUUUCUCUCCCCCUCACCCCUCCUCCUCAACCCACCCUGCCCUCUUCCCAUCAGCCCCUGUUCACCUCAUUUGGCUAUAAUAUGCCCACCUGCAGCACAUUUGGGUAUGAACCAGCCUCCUCCUGCUCUGAGGAGCCACAAAAAGAGACAGGUUCAAGAGGAUCUGUGUCCAGUCCUCAUGGUUCUCCAACCCUCAGUGGUCAGCAGAGCAGCGCCAACGAAGAUAUUUGGGUGCUGAGGAAACCUUUAGCAGCGGGGGGCAGUGUUGGAAGUAUGGGCAGCACAGGCAGUCUAACCAGUGGACGUUCAUCUACAAGCGUGCAAAGCAGUAACGCUAACGCUCACCUCACCAACUCACCUGUCCCUGUGCCGACCACACCCACACAUUCACCUGCUACUAACACACACGGCCUCAAUGUCCCGGGACUACACGCCCAAGCCGAGGGUGUGAAGCUGUUGGCCACGGUGCUGUCGCAGUCAGCCAAAGCAAAAGAACAUCUUAUGGACCAAUCACAAUCUUUAGAUCCAAAUUCAGCCUCUUCUCAGCAGACUCAAAGCACAUCUGGUCUCCCGCGGCAACCCAAGAAGAAACCCUUUGUGGAUCCGUUGCUACAGAGGAAAGAUGAAGCCUCGGCUGAGAGCAAGAGCUCGGAGGCUGUUGUUGAAUGGCUCACUAGUGCUCAGUUGCAGUUUUACACAACCAACUUUCUCACUGCUGGUUAUGACCUGCAGACCAUUAGCAGGAUGACACCAGAGGACCUCACUGCAAUCGGAGUGACAAAACCAGGACACAAGAAGAAGAUGCUGUCAGAGAUCAGCAAGAUGAACAUCCCGGAUUGGAUACCUCAAGAGAAACCUUCCAGUCUGGCGGAGUGGCUCUCUGCGAUCGGUCUGAAUCAACAUUACCAGACUUUGGUUCAGAACGGCUAUGAAAAUAUGGACUUUAUUAGUGAUAUUACUUUGGAGGACCUGAAAGAGAUUGGCAUCACUAAACUAGGGCACCAGAAGAAGUUGAUGUUAGCUGUCAAACGUCUGAGCGAACCACAAUCAGAAGCAGAACCAAUUAAGGAGAGCCAAUUAGAAGAAAGCACAGACUCGAAGGAAAGCACUACAGAAACCACUACAAGCACAACAGAACCGGAUGUGAACUCCGCCCCCGCUGUUCGAGUACGCAAAAGAUCAGAGGGGCGUAGCUCUCCCCGACACAGUGCUCAAGGGCGUGUCUUACAAAGAGCGAAUGCCCCUCCCCCUCUAAGGAGGCCUAGUUCAAUCGAUAGUCCCACCCCAACACCUCCACACACACCCACUAAAGGUAAAACAACCUCUUCUACUUCAAGUUCUCCCUUGCACACCCCUUCCUCUCUGCAGAAAACGCAAGCCAGGACCAGAGGAUCCUGUGACUCUCCACGUUCGCUGGCCCGUGCCGUUCCAGUACUUUGCCUCCCACCUGAAGGAGAAAUUGAAGGGGGUCAAGCUUCGCCCCAGCCGAGGCACGUACAAUCCUCGAGUACCGAUUCAGAGCAUGACAUGCCCUUGCCAGAUGCUUUCGUAAAAUACGCAACGCUGGGUGGACAUAGGGCUGGCCCCAGUGGCUCUCCGAGAACCCCUGGUGGUGACACCCUCGACAUCAAUAACGUCAAUCGCAGUCAGUCGUUUGCUACGGCAAGGCCUCGAAGAAGGACUCGACCCCCGACUCCGCCCAAACGAUCCUGCUCUUCCAUCUCGACCGGUAACCUAGCCGACGACGCAGCGGCGAAUGACGGAUCCAGCGAAAACCGGGCUAACAAUUUACUGCUCAACGUGACUUACAGAGAGCGCCGGCGUAGCGAUUGCGGCAUUGCCUCUGAGAAAACCUCAUCCGGUGGCAGCGUCAGGGAUAUUGCGGCCAUGCUUGAAAUGUCAAAUCUUGGCAGCAGUGGUAAAGGAAGUGCCAGUGGUUACUUACAGGUGAGCCAUAACCUCUUGCGGCAAAACCGUGACGUUCUAAAUUCCGAUCUGGACAGUCGCCGGCGCACCAUCGGUGGAUUAGCAGAUCUAGCUGACUCUAAAAAGCAAACAUACGAUGAUGUCUCCUCACAGAUGAAUCGAGCCACGCAGGACAGCACACAUCAUAGAUCAACACUCCCAAUGGAACAGGCCCCCGAGCCACGCCCACGUUCCAUGAUUACUCAUCUGGAAGGAAGCGUUACCUUGCUGCCCCAUGAGGAGUGGUCACGGAUGGAUGCCACGGCAACAUUAAGAAGACCACGCUCACCGCAUCACUCACACGGUGAAAGUUUUAUCCUAACAGAAAGCAGCACAAUAAGGCGACGGCCCAAAGCAUUAGCUCCACCGCAGAGUAAUGGAAUGAAUGGAGGUCGGAUGGAAGAUGCUAGAAGGCGGCCUGCAUCAGAAGCUUGUGUUGGUGAUGGUGGUAGAGAGGAAGAGCUACAAUCUGAUGGCUUUGGCUCUCUUCCUAGACAAAUACUGAAACCUCCAGUUUCACCUAAACCAGCAAUGGCUAUUCGAAAAUCAGAUCCACCAACCCCUACAAGAAGGGUCCCUAUACCUGGACCUGAAGGUCAAGAAAGCCCAGUUGAAAUUAAGAAAGUUCCUCCUCCAGUAUCUCCCAAGCCAAGCCCGCCUCCUACACUGCCCAAACCAGUGAAAAUCAAGCCGGUCCAUAACAUUGGAUCCUCCGGUUCCCCUCAGGCAGAUGUUCUCAGCCCAUCCAGUGCCUCUUUGAGUUCUACCCCAGCUGAACAAGCCGCAUACCUAUCACAGAUUUCCAGUCCUGUGACCCCGAAACCAACAGACACACUUUUCCCACGAGCGACCUCUUCUCCGGCUCAAAGCCCACAGACACCCCAGACCCCCCAAACCCCACAAACACCCUCGACACCUGGAUCAGGUUCAGCUCCGGUGAAGCCCCCAAGAUCAUCCAUGGCUGGUCUGUCAGUGGACAUCCCCAGCCCUUUGGAAGUAGACCUGCCCGGGUUGGAGAUUGCGCAGAAGCGGAUAAAAGAAGCAGAAAAACAUGAAGAUGAAGUAAGAAAGCUCCAGAUCGAUCUUUUUGACGUUGACCAAGCUGUGAAUUUAUGCUCCUCAGGAGAAAGCCACUUCAUGGAAAUGGGAGAGGGGGUGGGGCCGGUCGUUAUGAGGAGGCGGAAGGUGGGUGUGGCCAGACAGACACAAGUGGAGAGUGAACCACAAGAUGGAGAUGCAGAGGAAAGCCAAGGGUUAUUGAAGAUUGCUGAUCCGGGGAGCUGUGCCUCAGGAGACAUGGUACAUUUCAGACUGGAGGAGACCAGUGCUUCCCUCGCUGCUGCUCUGGAGGUGGUGGAGGAAAAGAUUAAAAAGGAUGACAGCUCCAUUGUGGACAACAAAAGCACAGUGAAUAUCCUGGAUGACAUCGGCAGCAUGUUUGAUGACCUGGCUGACCAGUUAGAGGCCAUGUUAGAUUAAAACAUGUUUUCCGAAACAAUUUGGCGUUGAAAACCAGCACCGACCAUUGACCGGAUGAUCAUAGCACCGCAGUGAACCGAUGUGAGGUCAGAACACUGGCAGUGGGAUCAACAGAGACAUUCUGGGAUUCGUCAGUAAAGCGAGCGCAUCUGGAUGCAGAAGUUCGGAAUUCAGAGAUUUAAAUGUUGGAAGUCAGUAGCCCUUAUUCAUCUCCACCAGCCUUUCGUCCAACCCUUGGUCAGAAUCGGUUCUCCUGGUGUAAACCCCAUCCCACAGAAACGUCCUGCUGUUAUGCUGCUCCCUGAGAAAAGCACAAUUUUAAAAGAGUCUAUAUGAUGAGCUUUCUAAAUGUCAUAUUAUAAUGUGUGAAUGUGUGUAUGUACCAUAUUUGCGGUGAGAGUUUCAUCGGGAAGCUCAGAUUUAUCUCUGCUAUGGUUCACUUUGGAGCUCAAGGGAACUUUGAAUUUAAUCUUACGGUUUUCAGCAGGCAAAGCUACUGAUAUAAACUCAAUAUGGACUGAAUAAGUACGUAAAUAAGCACAGCCCUGAAUUUACGGCCCUGAAAAUAUUCAAACUUUUUGGAUUGUUUUGUCCAUCGUCAAGAUUUCUUAGUUCCCUCCAAGUGUAUAAUGAAGAAAUGCUUUGGACUUUAAAAGGUAUAUUGUAAUCUUUAUGUAUGUUAUUGUUGUAAUUGUUGUUGUCAGUUUGUGUGAAUGUUUGACUGUGUCGUGUAGUUCUUGCACCGACAAAUCUCACCCUGCAAAAGGUGUAGUACAUAGAUAUAGACAAAAGAAGAUGCUGGAAAGAGUAGUGUAUAUAUAAUAUAUAAGUUAUAGUUAUCAUUAAUAGAGUAGUAAAGUAUGGAAUGAUACAAACACACACACACCAGCUCAUUCCCAAACAAUGUGUUUUAAUAACAGUGUUUGUGUUUUUGUAUGCGUGUGUUUCAGAGUGUGUCAUACAAAAAUAUUUAUACCACAUUUCUUUGGACAUUACCAUAGUGGUAAUACCAUGGUAUUCUUUAAAGUACCAUACAUGACCCGGUACAUGGUAUUACCAUCUGACAUUACGAGUGUUUUGUAUGGGGAGUGUGCGUUGACCUGUUCGACAGUGCAGUUAUUCCCGUUUUGUCAUUGCAGAAAUAAAGCCGUUAUAAUUAUAUAAUUUAAGAAGAUUAUAUCAUUGCAAGAUGUAUAAGACUACAGAGCAAUAUUUUUAUUCAUGCACCAUGUUAUUAAUUUAGCUUUAUGAGUGAAACUUCAAAACCAGCCAUCUGGGAUACAGCGGAACUGAACAUUACCGACAAUCAUGACUAUGUUGUCCUUGAUUUAUGACCCUGCACAGUUAAUGGUAUUGAUGUUGGAUUAUAAAAUCUUUUGCGGUAUAAAAACUGUGUAUUAAUCCAGUUGUUAUUUUGUGUAAAACCUUCGGCUGGCUAACGUGUUCGUCCGAACCUGGUGAAAUUAUCAUCGAAGACCUCUUCCAUGUAAAGAGCAUUGAGAAUAUGUGAAAUUAAUAUAAAUAAAUUGUUAUGAAUACAUUCACAGUGAC